UUUCAUAGCAUUCUAUUGAGUCUAUUCCCUAAUAAACAACCAUUAAAAAUAGUUUUUGUUAUGUAAUAGCCACUCUGAUUCCUUGCUAGGUCAAACUUAUUAAGAUGAUCCUAAUUUUGAUUUCUGGUUAAACAAGUUCGAUCGAUCGAGGUUGGGCAAACAACUGGAAUUGCAGAGAAAAUGAACAGCGCCAUCUUCAAAGCUUCAAACAGCAACAAUCUCCAUUCCUCUCUCAGGGCCGCACUCUUCCAUUCCACCUCUCCCUUGCAACGUAAACGCCGCAAUCAUUGGGACUCCAGAGGGAGCAACCAUACCUCGAGAAGGUUUAGAAGGGUGCAAGCGAAACACAGAGUAAUGAACAGUAUCAAUGAUUAUGCAGAAUCCCUGUUUCAGAGCUGGAAGCAAGGUAUUGAUAGGGAUGACCCAUCAUCAAGUCGAGGCACCUCAUGGUUUAAAAAACAAUAUUCUGAUGGGGCCUCUGGAAGGUACCGGAAUAGCAAUAAAGGAUCAAGUCAUCGGUACAGAAGAGAUCCUUCUUUUUGUGAAGAUGAUUUUGAUGUUGAAACCAUUCUCCGUUCUGCCUUUGGUGGGAAUAGAUUCUUCUAUUGGUCCUUCAUCAAUGAGGAAAAUCCUCAGUGGAGGAGGUCUGAACGCUUUUCUAAUUUUGAGAAAUCAUGGAGCUGGAGAUAUCGAAACGAAAAUGAUUAUGACUCUUCAUCUGAGUCUGAUAGUUUAGAUUCAGAUUUAGUUUCUGAUAGAUUAGCCCUUGGAUUGAGUGCUUCAGGUUCCCUGAAACUUGAAGAUGUAAAAAAUGCGUACCGGGUCUGUGCUCUAAAAUGGCAUCCAGAUCGUCAUCAAGGCUCUUCGAAGGCUAUAGCAGAAGAGAAGUUCAAGCUUUGCAGUGCAGCUUAUCAAUCUUUAUGUGAUAAGCUGGCCUUGGAUUAAGGAUCCUUAAGGCCUAUGCUAAUCCUUUUCUAGAAGUCUCCAGCCAGCUCAUACCAGAUGAUUGACCAUGCUAAAUUAUUUAACACAACAAUCCUGUUUUCAUUGUAUUUUUGUAGUUUUAAGUAAUUUUAUUAGAUGAUCAUGGAAAUAUUAUGUAUGCUAUUUUACAAUUACAAUUGCAUUUGUACCAUUUAUUAUCUCAGCUGAUUCAUUUCAGAAUCUCGUAUUGGUGUUCAAAUAAUAAAUUGUAAGAGUUGCCUUUUUGCAACA